CCGCCCCCAGGGCGCAACUCCCCGGGGUGUGUAUGUGUGUGUCAGGUGCCCCACGCACCUCCUGCGCGCCUGCCCUAGCGUCAUGGCCUCACCAGCGACUGCCCUGUUCUUGCCGCUGACCCUGUUGCUGCAAGUCGCUGCGGCGUUCCGGCAAAGCCAGUUUCGGAUGUCGCCUUCCAAGCUGGAGGUGCGUCCGGGGGAGAGCGUGAAACUGAGCUGUGAGGUGUUGCUGCCCAACGCGGGAUCAACCUGCUCGUGGGUGUUCCAGCCGCGCGAAGUCGGAGCCAGUCCCAUCUUCCUGCUGUACAUCGGUGCAAAUGGCCUUACUAGGCUGGCCAGCGAUCUGGAUCGCGAGGAGAUCUCUGGCGGGCGCGAGCGCGAGAAAGUCUUCGUCCUCAAUUUGAACAAGUUCCAAGAGAAAAACCAAGGCUACUACUUCUGCUCGGUUGUGGGCAGCCCCGACUUGCAUUUCAGUCCCUACAUUCCUGUCUUCCUGCCAGCCAAGCCCACCACGAGGCCGACGCCACGACCGACCACGCGGGCGCGCAUCACCGAAUUGCAGCCCCGGACUCCGCGCCCAGAGUUUUGCCGGCCCUCCGGGGGCGCCGUAGGGGACUCGAAGGGGCUGGACCUCACCUGUGACAUUUACAUCUGGGCGCCUUUGGCCGGGACCUGCGCGGUUCUUCUGCUGUCCCUGAUUAUCACCAUCAUCUGCAAUCGCAGGAAGCCACGGCGCGUCUGCAAAUGUCCCAGGCCCGUGGUGAGACCAGGAGGCAAGACGAACAAGUCUGACGGAAUCGUGUAACACGUGAUGGGCCCACGCGACAGCCACUACAUUUCAAGCUGAGAGCUCUCUUUUACAAGGGGAGCAAGUCCUUGUCCUUCUUUCCCUGUCCACCCCGCCAUGUAUCCAUUGCUGUUAUUUCAGUAAGGGUGGGUGGUGGGAAGGGUUAUGCUAUGUGUUUACUCUCAUGGCUGCUGUGCACACAUACUGACUGCAGUCAAGGGUGGGGAGAGGCAGGUCAGAGCCAUCCAGGCAGGAGCUGUGUUCUCAGAAGCAUGACGGG